CCAAAACAUGAUAAAUAAAGUACUUCUUCCACUUCCACAUUCUUCAACUUUUUUCCUAUUUUUAAAGAUUAAUGUAAAUAUUUAUUACCACUGAUUUGAUAAUAAAAAAAGAAACAACAAAUCACUAUCAACAUGAAAGCUACUUGUGCAGCAUUUAGAUUAGCAAAUUAUUAUGAUAACGAUGGGAAUAGUUGUGAGGCUACUUCAGCCAUGAAGCCAACAAAACCUCUAGAAACCGCUCUAAUUGUUGUUCAUAUAUUUUUUACAAUAUUACCAACAUAUUUCUCGGUUUUUGCCUCUCACGUAGUAUCGCAGAAAAUAGAAUUUUCUAAAGAAACAUGGAAAUAUGUUUUGGAUUUCGUACUGAUUGUUGUGCCAAUAGUUUUGAAUGUGACGAUUUGCAAUCCAUAUGUUGAGGGGAUUUGCGUGAUUUUGAUGAUCUUGACGGGAGUGACACUUUGGAGGAGCCAAUUGACUCCCAUGGAAAUCAAGCAGAAAGUUAUAAGCCUUGGCAAUCAACCAAAGUCCCUAACUUUGAUUCGAUCCAGUAUCAACAUCAUUACAGCUGUCUGCAUUCUCGCCAUAGACUUCUCGACAUUCCCCAAAUCGUUCCGUAAAAGUCGCUACUAUGGUGUGGGCCUUAUGGACACUGGAAUUGGAUUGUUUGUCUUGAGCAUGGGUAUCGUUUCAAAGCCUCCAAAAACCCGGAAGGACUUCCUUAAAAUCCCCAAAAUGGUAGGACCCGCUUUUAUUCUUGGUCUAGCCCGAACGAUUGUAAUUCAAGCCAUCGGUUACCAUCAAGACGACACAGAGUAUGGCAAACACAUGAAUGCAUUCUUCACUCUAGGAUUGACGAAGCUCUUCGGUGGAUUGAUCAGUGCAAUUGUGGGAUCAGAAUUACAAUUGCUCCUGUUGGGGGUUUUCAUUCUCACAGCCCACGAGUGUCUUCUUCUUAAUUCCAUUGCUGAUUUCGUCAUGUUUCGAAAAGAGGAUCGAUCGACAUUCUUUCUUGCAAAUCGAGAGGGAUUCUGCUCACUUCCUGGAUUCAUAGCAAUCUAUCUGCUGGCCAUGUACGUUGGACGUAUGUUAUUUUCUGAAACAACCCUCAUGGUCGAGGAGUACUCGAAGAAGGUGAAACGAUUAGCUGUGAUGGCUGCCUGCGCUUGGAUUAUCACAUUCAUUUGUAUCCCCACAAUUCAAAUUUCCCGUCGCAUUGCUAACUUUGGAUAUGUCUCCUGGACACUGUCAAUCGCUUUGACAUUACUUUUCUUCUAUAUAAUUCUCUCGGAUUAUGUUUUCUUUGCGUGGUCAAAGUCGGGAGAGUAUAAGCUGCCUUCGCUGAUGGAAGCAACAAAUCGCAAUGGAUUGGUUUUCUUUCUUGUGGCGAAUGUCCUCACAGGUUGCGUUAAUAUUUUCUUAGAACCAGGCGGGCGUAGUCCCAGUAUUACAGUUGUUAUUUUAAGUCUGUACAUGUUGUUAUGUAGUUCUCUAGUUUAUGUACUUUUAAGAUUACGAAUUAAAAUUGCCUGAGCG